CCUUUAGCUCCUAACCGCAGGGGCCUCGGCCGGCUCGUUGCAUCUGGCAGCGCCUCAACGUCCAGUGCCAUCGACUCUCAGCCAUUCUCCUCCUCUCCGGUCCCGUUCGUUCUCGGGGCGGGCGUGCAUUAGCUCGUCGAUUCAACCAUAGUUACGCGUUUAGCUUCCUAGCCGACGCCUCGGGGUGUGCACCCGGUUUCCUCAUUACGUCACUGACAUUCCUUGCCGUUGCGCAGGGGGGAAGAAAAGAAGACGAAAAGCUCGGUGAAAGCACCAAUUCAUAUGUUAUUUUUAUUUUGUUUUCUUUCUCUCCAUCAUCCUGUCCCCCCUCUCUCUAUUUUAUGUACCUCAAUGCCUGUUUUUGUUCGUUGAGUGGCCUGUCUUCCCUUGCUUUUCAUGCAGUUGCAUUCCGAGUCUUCCAUUUCCAUUUCCAUCCCAUUCUGGACACAUCAUCUGGCCCAGGCCCGUUCUUGUCGCCUCCCAACCAACCCCGCCUCACACUCUACCAGCCCCGAUCCAGGUCACAUUUUGCCUUUUUCUCACCUAGUGACAGUCCCUCCCUCCCGCGCCACACUGACUGCCCAAUUAUUCACCAUAAACCCACACUAAAAGUCCAUCACCCCGUUCCAUCCCGUUUCAAUCCCACACACGUACAUACCCCCCUGCCCCCUCGCAUCGCAUCGUCACCCAAGGGGACGGAAAACCGCAGAGAGAUCCACUUUCGAAUAUUCUCGAGAAAACAACACAGAAAAAAACAGAGAGAAAAAGAGCGGCCGAGAAUAGAGGAGAAGGAAACAAUCACAUCACAAGGCACAACGGCCGCAAGACUCUUCUUCCAUUCAUCAUCUCACCCUUCUCCUUGCCCGAUCGAUGCCUCGCAGCUGCAUCGCCCGCCCAGUGGUCCAACCAUACAUUCUUCCUCUCCCCUUGCAAGCUUUAUUAUUUUCCUUUGCUCCUGCAUGUGCCUGCGCCUGCGCCCGUCCUCUUUGCACAUAAUUACGCAAGGUUCAGACUCUGGCUCCCUCGUCCUGGUCAAGGAGCUUGGGGAAAAGGCUCAAGCUGACGGCACUCUUUUUUUGUCUAGCUCCUGGCAAUAGCAACAUCAACAUAACAUAACAACACGCGCGCGCGCCCAAGCAAUCAGGCAAACAAGCACAGCUCCGAGCAGCUAAGCUAAGUUGCCCACAGUCGGACACCACACACAUCUC